AUGCCAGAAAUAAACUCAAAAGAUGCCAUGGCCUCCAUAGACAUUGUGUCGUACGAGUCCAUCACAGAAGAAGAUGCAAAAAAUGCAGCAAGAGUCCUGGACUCUACCAGUCUGACACUGCCCGAUGAAAAAAGGCUAUUUCUGAACAAGUUUUAUUCGUCAGACUAG